AUGACUCACCCAUCAACUCCCGAGAAAACAAUGGAACAAGGCAACGGCAACCCCAAUGGCAUUGCCUACAACCAUGAGGAGGACCGACAAGGGGACCUCGAUCGCUUCCGUACCGCUGGAAGCGUCGCCAUGAGCCCUGAACUCUUCGAGAAGCUCUAUCUCACUCCUCUCAAGAAUGUCCACGGAGAUCUUCGAAAGACAUUUGCCAACCCAACUCCUAUUGCCCUCGUCGGAUUCUUGAUUGCUCUGACCCCAUUGUCCUGUGACUUGAUGGGCUGGGCUGGCGCUGGCGGCGGUGGUGCUGCUUCAUCUGGCUUCUUCGUGUUCAUGGGUGGCCUUCUCAUGUUCACGGGCGGUGUUCUUGAAUGGGUUCUCGGAAACACCUUCGCUUCGGUUGUAUUCUGCACCUUUGGCGGCUUCUACUUCUCCUAUGGCGCGACUCUCCUCCCUUCUUUCAACACUUCCGCCGCGUACGCCCCAGCAGAUGGUCCUGCCUCAGCUGGUGCAGCAACUCAAGGAUUCAAUGCCAGUCUCGCUUUCGUCUUCUUGUUCAUGGGUGUCCUCUGCUUCCUAUUCUUGAUCUGCUCCCUCCGAACCAACGUCGUCUUCGUCGUCAUCUUCCUCUCUCUUAUGCUGGCCUUCUUCCUCUUGACCGGUGGAUACAUGGCACUGGCUUCCGACUUCACUGGCAACGCUGACAAAGCGGGUAAACUUAUCAUUGGUGGCGGAGCAAGUGCUUUCGUGUGUGCCAUGACUGGUUGGUACCUGCUGACGGCUCAGAUGCUGGACGUUGUUGACUUUCCCUUCGGCCUUCCUGUUGGCGACCUCUCCGGCAUCGUCAAGGGCCGCUCCGAGCGUGCUGCCGCCAAGAACUAA